UAAUUACUAUUACUUGUACCAAUGCUCCCAUUCUCCCACUGCUAAAAGCAAACAAAACCCAGAAAUGAAAUCUCAUCAAUACGUGAACGUCUCAUGUUGCUCCAAAUUUACCGAAGGAGCCAAGCACGUUUCUGAAGGUUUCAGCUCACCCAAUCAGACAACAGGCUGAGAAGGGGAGGCUUCUCUCAGGUUACACAGAGGAGUCCAUCUGUUACCCUAGACCUUUCUAGUAAGUCACGAGACGUGAGAGGGGAUCUGGAAGGCAGUUUGAAAGAGUUUUACUCUUUCUACAAAUUCUUAGCCCAAAUAUUUUUAUUUAAAGAGACGCAGAAGAAGAGGAGAAAAGCCCCACAGUGGGUGAGAAAGGACGGGUCAUGGACUGGCAUUCUGCCGGGUGGAGCCACCGUGGGGAAGGACAUUGCCUUUCCAGCUAGUGCCUUCAGCUUCUGUAAUAAAUGCAGCUGAAGGGGCCGUCCCUUCUUGAUGCUCCCAGAGGCCUUGGUUUUGAACUGCGUCCUCACCAAGGCCGUUUCUCAUCAUGCCAAACCAGCAGAAGAAGAUCAUCUUUUGCAUGGCUGGUGUGUUGAGCUUCCUCUGUGCUCUCGGAGUUGUCACAGCAGUGGGCACACCACUGUGGAUUAAAGCCACCAUCCUCUGCAAAACGGGGGCUCUGCUUGUCAAUGCCUCAGGGGAGGAGCUGAACAAGUUCACGGGCGAGAUGCAGUAUGGGCUUUUCCACGGAGAAGGCAUAAGGCAAUGUGGGUUAGGAGCAAGGCCUUUCCGGUUCUCAUUCUUCCCAGAUUUGCUGCAAGCCAUCCCCGUGAGCAUCCAUGUCAAUAUCAUCCUCUUCUCCAUGAUUCUUGUCGUCUUAACCAUGGUGGGGACAGCCUUCUUCACGUACAACGCUUUUGGCAAGCCCUUUGAAACUCUGCAUGGCCCAUUGGGGCUGUAUCUCGUGAGCUUCAUUUCAGGCUCCUGUGGCUGUCUUGUCAUGAUAUUGUUUGCCUCUGAAGUGAAAAUCCACCACCUCUCAGAAAAAAUUGCAAAUUUUAAAGAAGGGACCUACGCCUACAAAACGCAAAACGAAAACUACACCACCUCAUUCUGGGUUGUUUUCAUUUGCUUUUUUGUUCAUUUUUUGAAUGGGCUCCUGAUCCGACUUGCUGGGUUCCAGUUCCCUUUCACAAAAUCUAAAGAUACAGAGACUACUAAUGUGGCCGCAGACUUGAUGUACUGAAAAGCAAAUGUCUCCAUAAUUUCUCAGUAAGGGAAGGGACUUGCUUUGGCCACAUUUAGAGAUGGUUAAUUUCAUUGAUGCGUUUGGACUCCUUAAGCACCAAGCCUGCCCCUCCUCCCUUAAGCUAUGUUUACAGGAUUCCGGCUGGAAAACAGUGGAGGAGGCAGAGGGUGGUUUCAGAAAGUUGUUUUGCCUGGUGGGAAAAUGACUAGAUGGACAGAUGGUUACUCCAUGUAACUCGCUGAAGGAUAAGACGCAUGGUCUACCAAGGAGAACUCCACAGGCACACAGAAUAUAUUUUAAUAAAACAGAUGUUAU